CCUGGGAAAGGUUCGUCUUACUGUGUAAAUACCGUAGCAUAGGCGAAUGUUAACAAUUUGGUACGAAUUACUUAACACAUUAAAAAUUUUCUGGGACCGAUCAGACUUAAACUAGUACCAUUCUCCCAUUCCCCUCAUCAUGGCUGCAUGGUAACGAAUAACGAAUAAAUAGACAUCCGAAAUGCAUUUACCACCGCCUGAACCUCGGGACAGCGAGUUAUAUACAUAUAUGGAUCAUGUCCAUGCACCGGCUUAUUUUGAACCUUUUGAUGAUAUGAUCGGCCCGGAUCUUCAGCAGUUUACCGAAUUGGCGGCAUCUCACGACCAGUCGGAGAGCAGCCAGAUAUUCUCACCAGAUACGAGAAGACUUCAAACUCAACAUACCACUGAAGGUUACCGUGAUGGUAUUACCGCCGGCAAAGCCGAAAGCAUGCAGGCCGGGUUCGAUGAAGGGUUUGACCUGGGCGCUGAACUCGGUUUGAAGGCUGGUCGAUUACUAGGACUCCUUGAGGGUAUGGCUGCAGCUUUGAGAGAAAACAGCCUUAAUAACUCGGCACAUAUGGACAAACUUUCGUCAGAUGCAUCAAAGGAGCUGCGCACCGAGGUGAUAUUCGCAGAGGAAUAUUGGACCUCAGAUGGUAGUUGGAAAUAUUCCGUUAGAGGAUCUGGAGGUGAUGGUGAAAUCUUGAUCGAGGACGUCGCAAAGGAACAUCCGGUUAUAUUAAAGUGGGAUGAGCUCAUCAAACGGGAGGUUCAGAAGUGGAAACUAAACUAAGCACUGACAUUAUUAUCAUUGGUGAUUGGCGCAAAUGCAGCUAGGGAGCAAGUUUGAGGUUCGGGAAUAUUGCCACGGCGAAUAUGGUGAGCACGGAGCAAGCAGCUUUUUAACCAAGUAAGGUAUCUAUCU